AUGGACUCUGAGUAUGUCCUCUGCAAUUGGAAGGGCCGCUUAUGGCCAGCAAGGGUUUUGUCCAGAUCUGGGGCUUCACUGAAAAAUAAGCAGAAGGGGACAUUUUCUCUAGCAGUUCAAAUCCUCUCGGCAGAUAAAAAAGUUAAAGUGCGGGGCAGAGACGUGCAGCCCCUAACUAAGUCUAAAAUUGAAGCCAUUGCCUCCUCCUCAGCAGUGGUGCAGUCGAAGGUCAGAGCUGCACCUGAACAGGAAGAGUGCUACAGAAGAGCCCUGAAAGUGGCCCUGGAGAUUCUGAAUCAGAGAAAACCAGAUGCGCAGGAGACCACCACGCCAUCCCAGAAGGGGCCGGCAAAGCGAGCCAGGCCUCCCCCUCGUAGAAAGCGUCGGAAACGCAAAGGGAAGUCACGGAAGCGUCCUGGCAAACGUGAAGACCCGGGGUCACUGUCGGUGCGUUCAGAGAGCAAGAAGGGUGUGCACGGUGGUGCAUCACGGGUACACACAGUGUCACUCCAUGGUGAGGAGGAGGGCAAGAGAAAGGCAGACACCUCCACAGCCAUGUCCUCGCAUCCCCCAGGCGAGGAGGAGGAUGCAUGUGCUGAAGACCAACAGGUGGCUCCAUGUAGGCCACCGGGGCUGGUCCCCACUGUGCCCACAGCUCUGGACAGAGAGGCCCAGGACACCUGCCCAAAGGUCCUGGCUGCCUCCUCUGCACGCUCAGACUGUGCAGUGAGCACUGAGCAGCCUGCAGAGGGUGCAGGGGACCUGGACAUGGAAGGUGCCACAGCAGCCUGCAGACCCCCACCACCCCUGCAGCGGUACUCGCUCCGUCUUGCGGAUAGGAGGAGGAAGCUUCAAGGCCCACAUUUGGAGAAGGGACUGCAAGAACCUCCACCAAAGCCUACUAAGCCCAUCACCGCUCUUAAAACAGCUGGCGGUAAACGACGGGGGCGACCUGCAAGGAUUGCAUUCCCGCAGGAGCCGUGUCCCAUUGAAACAGGAACCAUGGUUUGGUUUAAAUUUCAAGACCUUCCAUUUUGGCCGGCGGUGGUAAAGAGUGUCAGCAAGGCAGAGAAGACUGCCAGGGUGCUCCCAAUUGAGGCAAACCUGUGCCCUGGCAAGAGCGGCAUCCGCGUCCCUCUUCGGAGAUUAAAGCCCCUUGAUUGUAAAGAGAAGGAGAAGCUCCUGAAGAGAGCCGAGAAAGAGUACAGGCAGAGUGUCAACUGGUGCUUCUCCCUGAUCUCCCACUACCGAGAGGGACUCACCCGUGGCUCUUUUGCCGGCUCCUUCCUCGACUACUAUGCUGCUGAUGUCAGCUACCCGAUGAGGAAAGCCAUCCAAGAGGGGGACCUGGAGAUUGACUUUCCAAAGGUGAAUUACGCAGACCUGGAGGAUUCAGAGGAGGAGGCCUCCCCACGCGGGAAGAGGCCCUGCAAGAGAAUUCUCCCGGACCGGAUGCGGGCCGCUCGGGACCGAGCCAACCAGCAGCUAGUCGACUUCAUCGUGAAGAGAAAGGGGGCUGACCACCACCUUCUGGACAUCUUGAAAGGCAGGAAACCGUCCAGAUGGCUGACGUCAUUUCUCAAUUCAAAUAGGUACUUGCUCUGCAUCGAGACAUACCUGGAGGAUGAGGAUCAGUUGGAUGUGGUGGUCAAACAUUUACAGGAAGUCUACAAACACAUAGACCGUGCCAUGCUGACUCGGAUAAGAGAUGACAAGGUCAACUUCGUUCUGGAAGUCCUUCUGCCGGAAGCGAUCAUUUAUGCAAUUGCCACACUGGAGGGGCUAGACUACCAGGCAGCAGAAGAGAAGUACCUGCGGGGACCACCUGUGCAUUACCGCGAGAAAGAGCUAUUUGACAAGAAUAUCUUAAAGAAAACUAGGAAGAAGGCAGCAGCCACCAGGGGAGCCUAUUAG